UCUGAUAUGGUCAUGGCAGCAUCUCCUUGGUUAUGUGCUUGGCAGCUGCAGGCUGCUUUGGUGGCGAUAUGCAUUUCUUUCGUGUUGAAUACCAAAGGCGCGAUUGCUGCUCGGCAGUUAGUGAUCGAGAGAUCCAGUACCGUACAGGAUCAUUAUAGGAGGACCCUCAUAGACAAUGGACUAGGUUUAACACCACCUAUGGGAUGGAAUAGUUGGAAUCACUUCAACUGUCACAUAGAGGAAAACUUGAUUAGAGAAACUGCGGACUCGAUGGUGUCAACAGGUCUUGCUGCACUUGGCUACGAAUAUAUAAAUUUAGAUGAUUGCUGGGCUGAGCUUGAUCGAGAUUCUGAGGGAAAUUUCGUUCCUAAAGCUUCAGCAUUUCCUUCUGGACUCAAGGCUUUAGCAGAUUAUGUCCACAGCAAAGGGCUGAAGCUUGGGAUUUACUCUGAUGCGGGAACUCUAACUUGCAGUAAACAAAUGCCCGGAUCACUAGGCCAUGAGGAACAAGAUGCACAAACUUUUGCCUCUUGGGGAAUUGACUACUUAAAGUAUGAUAAUUGUCAUAGUACCGGUACAAGUCCUAAGGAAAGGUAUCCAGUAAUGAGUAAAGCUUUGCUAAACACCACAAGACCCAUCUUCUUUUCCCUAUGUGAAUGGGGAGUGGACGACCCUGCAACCUGGGCGGCGAGUGUUGGAAACAGUUGGAGAACAACCGGAGACAUAGCUGAUAACUGGGAUAGUAUGACAUCUCGUGCCGAUCAGAACGACAAAUGGGCAUCGUACGCUGGACCUGGAGGAUGGAAUGAUCCUGACAUGCUUGAAGUUGGAAAUGGAGGUAUGACUGAGGAGGAAUAUCGUGCGCAUUUUAGUAUCUGGGCAUUAGCUAAGGCUCCUCUGCUUAUUGGGUGUGAUAUUCGAUCAAUGGACGAUGCUACUCUUAAUCUGUUAAGCAACAAGGAGGUUAUUGCAGUUAAUCAAGACAAACUAGGAGCACAAGGAAAACAAGUUACGAGUGGUACCGAUUUGCAGGUUUGGGCAGGCCCUCUGAGUGAUAACAGGGUAGCAUUAGUACUGUGGAACAGAGGUCCUUCUAAAACUACGGUCACUGCUCAUUGGUCAGAUAUAGGCCUUGAACCAACAACGGUUGUCAAAGCAAGAGAUUUAUGGGAGCAUUCAGUUGAAUCACCAGUUAGUGAAAAACUCUCUGCUGAUCUUGAGUCUCAUGCUUGCAAGAUGUACGUACUCACUCCCAAGUGAAUACUUCGCACCCCCACGUACACAAGAUGGAGAUUAGUUAUUACAAAACUAGGGUUUCACUCACAUUCAAUAAUGUGGAUGUAAUGUAGAGCUAUAAUAUACUCACGGUGACUCCCUAUUUUAUAUCAUUCAUAAAGUUAAUUAAACAACAAUUAAGUACUCAAAUUUGUGCGCGUUUUGGAAUAUUU